AUGGCAAUCAGGUUCCUGUGGAGGGCAGCAGCCAUGGUGGAGAGACACAGGACUGGUUUCCUGAUUGUUUCCUGUGCUGGACUCUUCGGUGCUAACCUGACCUUUCACAUCGUCCCUCAGAAAACAUUCAAACCAUUGUAUCAGGCCUGGGCUAGGGGGCAACCAGAUGAACUUUCAGAAAAAUUACAGAGUCUUUUCCAUGACAUCCUCAGUGAUCUCCGAGUGAAGUCAGAAAAUCAUUACCAAGCCUUUGCAGCGUUCAGCUUCCACCCAGUUAGUGCUGGAAUUCCAUGGCUACCUUCAGGCUGUGUUGUGGGCAUCCCUGUCAGUUUUGGUGGAACAUCCAGUGAUGAGCAUGGGAUUGCCAACCAUGUUGUCGUGAUUGAAGGCAAAGUAGUAGAUUGGAAGAGCACAGAAGGCCUGGCCUUGAAGGAAGCCUUGACCCUUUCUUUGGAGGCUCAGAAGUUUGCCAUUGCAAGGGAGGUCAUGUACUUGCAGAAUAACAGCCCCUUAAUACAUGCAGCUGUUGCUCCCAUUUGUCUAGCUGGGAUAUAUGUCUCUGGAGUAGCCAUAAAGCAGCUCCUGGGUUUAUAUUCUGGACCAGUGGUGUUACGAGGCCUUUAUAACUUGACUGUUGCUAUGAUUGGGUUUGUGGGUUACUGUCUGUCGUAUGAUACUGUAAGCCGGGCAGUGGAUUAUAGGACAGACAGAAGCACAGCCACCAUUUCCACUGACUUUGCCAAAGGUGGGGCGGAGUUCUAUAAUAAAACCUUGGCCCAGAACAAGACUCUUCGUACACUCAUGGGCAAACGAGGGGAGAAGACAUAUGCCGCAAAUGGCAAUCUUUUCCCAAGAUACUGGUUCAGAUUACAACAUGCACCAUACACUUCCAGAAGGGACUUGAUUAUUAGUAUUUUAAGCAUGCCCCAGGCAUAGUGAGGGCAUGAUUCAAUAUUAAACUUGUA